GACGGAGCAGGCGUCCUCCUCACUCCACAGCUCCUCUUGGAUAUCUGUCGCCUCCUCACAGCUUCAUGUUGUUAUAGAAAUCAAUUGUCGUCGCAGCCAAAAAUGGUGAAGCAAUAGCAUGACACACAUAUGUGAGCAUGGCAGAUAGAAAGGGAAAACCUGUCACUCCGAUCAAAACACUCACAAAGAAAGAACAAGAAGAACUCAAGAAAAAGGAGGAAGAGAAAGCAGCAGAGGUUUUUGAAGAAUUCUUGGCAUCAUUUGAGACCAGCGAGAAAAGCGGAGUGAAAACUUUUGUCCGUGGGGGCAUCGUGAAUGCAACUAAAGAGGAGGAAGCAGCAGAGGUCAAGAAAAGUAAGCUGUAUCGACCUGCAACAAAGUUUGUCCCCGUGUCCCAGCAUAUCUCACCAGUUUCAUCUGCUGAAAGCAAAAAGUCUGCAUUUAAAAGAAAGACAGAAGAAAAGAAGAAGAGUAAUCUUGAACUCUUCAAAGAGGAACUUAAGCUAAUACAAGAAGAGCGUGAGGAACGAUAUAAAAGGAAGAAAAAUGACUCCAGUGGAGGAGCAGCAGGAGGAGGAGGAGCAGGAGGAGGUGGAGGAGGAGGAUAUGGAGAUCUUGACACACCGUUAUCAGGACGGUCAGUAUUAUAUGACGACCUAACAGUGCCAACCACCACUAACCUCUACAUUAGCUGCAUUAGCCCAAAGAUGAAUGAGGAGAUGCUCUGCAAAGAGUUUGGUAAGUAUGGUCCCCUGGCCAGUGUGAAGAUCAUGUGGCCCCGGACAGACGAGGAGCGCUGCAGGACCUCCAACAGAGCCUUCGUGGCUUUCAUGACACGCAGAGACGCAGAGAGAGCCUUGGCUGCACUUGAUGGUAAAGUGAUUAUGGGGUUUGAAAUGAAGCUGGGAUGGGGUAAACCAGCUCGUAUUCCACCUCAGCCUCUCUACACACCAGUGGGGGUGAGGGCCACGCCGCCACCCCCAUCUGGUCUGCCUUUCAAUGCUCAGCCAAGGGAUCGCUUCCGCAAUGACUUCACCAAGCCGCUGGGCAUGUCCAAAGGAGAGCUCGACAAGACUCUGUCCGAAGCCGUAGUCAAAGUGGUUAUCCCAACCGAAAGGAAUCUGUUAUUCCUCAUUCACAGGAUGAUAGAGUUUGUGGUGCGUGAAGGCCCCGUGUUUGAAGCCGUAAUUAUGAACAAGGAGAAAAACAAUCCAGACUUCAGGUUCCUGUUUGACAACAAAAGCCAGGAUCAUGUGUACUAUCGUUGGAAAUUGUUCACCAUCCUCCAGGGACAGACACCGACAGAGUGGAGGACCGCAGAUUUUCGUAUGUUCCGGGGAGGAUCCAUGUGGAGACCUCCUGUCCUAAACAAUUACUCUCAGAGAGUUGAAGAGAAAGCCGAGGUGGAGGAGGAUGCUCCCCCUGAGGAGGAGGUGAAGAAAGGGCAGCUCAGAGCUGAGCACAGACAGAGGCUCGAGACGUUGCUGAAGGAGCUCACUCCGAGCAGAGAGGAUGUCGCCAAUGCCAUGCUGUUCUGUCUCGAGCGAGCAGACGCAGCAGAGGAAGUGGUGGGGCACAUCACCGAAUCUUUUUCCUUGCUUCAGACGCCACUUCAGAAGAAGAUUGCCAGAUUGUAUCUCGUGUCAGACAUCUUGCACAACUCAUGUGCCAAAGUAGCCGGUGCAUCAUAUUAUCGUAAAUAUUUUGAAACAAAGCUAACACAGAUAUUUGGAGACCUUAAUGCAGCGCAUAAAAACAUACAAGCCAGGCUGCAGGCAGAACAGUUUAAGCAAAAGGUCAUGAGUUGUUUUCGAGCAUGGGAGGACUGGGCCAUAUACCCGGAGCCUUAUCUAAUCCACCUUCAAAACAUCUUUCUGGGCUUUGCCAAAGCAGCGGAGGAGCCGACAGAGACGCCAGAGGAAGCAUCCUCUGAUCUCGACGGUGCUCCGAUGGACAGCACGCUCAUAGAUGGGUUACCUUUGCAGAGCACUCCAGUGGAUGACCUUGACGGCUGCCCCCUAGGCUGGGACCCUCUUGAUGGAGUCCCUGUCGAUGACAUAGACGGCGUUCCCUUAGGAGCAGGCAUUGACGACAUUGAUGGAAUGCCCUUGGAUGAGAGCAAUGCUCCUCUCUCCAGAGUGCCUUUGUCCAAGUGGGAGAGUGACACAGGGACAUUUUCUCAAGCCAACCCUGAGUCUAAGUGGGACAUGGUGGUGGAGAAUAACAGUGAAGAUGAAGUCAAUGUAAGCAUCAACUCACAGGACCGAGAGGAAGACUCGGAGAGUGACAGUAGUGAUGACUCGGGCGGUUCGUCUAAAUAUGAGAGUGCAGACUUUCAGAGCUCCCUCAGAAGUUUUCAGAUGUCUGAGGGCAAAAGGAAGAGGUUGAGAGAGCUGGAGGUAAAGGUUAUGAAGAUCCAAGAUGAGCUGGAAUCUGGCAAGCGGCCGAGGAAGUCUGGAAUGAGCAUACAACAACAAGUGGAGCACUACAGGAACAAACUGUUACAGAAGGAGUUUGAAAAAGAUGAAGACAAGAUUGAGAGGUCGACGUCGAAGUCUAAAGACAAGUCAAAGGACGACAGGAGGGACAGAAGACGAGGAUAUAGUAGAGAUCCUGACGACCAGAGCCAAAAGUCGAGGAGCAUCUCCCCUUCAAAGACAAGGUCUCCCAAAUGGUCCAAGCGUUCCCGAUCGCCAUCUCCAGACCGUAAGGCAGGGAAGUCCAGGUCACGGUCGCCGCAUCGCUCGCACAAAAAGGCAAAGAAGAGCAAACACUGACUCUCAGUGACACUCUGGACCCUGUCAUCCAUUAGCCUGCUGGGUUACACAACGCAGUGCUCUUUAAAGAGACUUGGUACGUUUGUUGUCUUGGUCCCCUCUCACACUAUCCAUGCAAGAUUCAGCACUCUUUUGUAUGAUGAAGUUUGAACACUGUAACUAAUUAUAUAUAUUUUUGUUUUAAUGUUUGUUUUUAAAAUGAUAACCAGAAAUGUUGCUGCAAAGUUCUGACACUAAAUAAAUCACUGCUGGUGAUGAA